AUGGCCUCAAAAAUUAUUGUUCUUGGAGGUGUAAAUUGCCAAUUACAAGCCGCAUUUACAAAACUGGCCAAGCUGCAAGCCAAACAAAACUUUGCGUUUGCAAUUAUGGUUGGAAAUCUCUUUGGAGACUGCUCAACUGAAAAUCAGUUAGAUGAAAUUUCUGCUCUGCUUAAUGGGAACAUCGGCGUACCUCUGCCAACCUAUUUCACUGUCGGAGACUUGCCUCUUCCCACUCGCAUAGUGGAGAAGAUCGAAGCCGAUGACGAGGUGUGCCCUAAUCUGUACUUCCUUGGCAAGCGAGGAUCCUUGAAGACUUCAGAGGGUGUUCGCAUUGCUGCUCUCGGUGGUACUCUUGCCAGUAGUGAUUCUCACAAGCCAGAAAGCAAUGUCACUGGCAAAUUCCAAACAACAUACAGCGAGGCUGAUGCUCGCGCGCUUUUCGGCACACACAGCGCCGACAUCUUGAUCACCAACCAAUGGCCCAAGGGCAUUAGAACCGGAUCCAAGGUCUCUACUCCAGAAGAUUUGCCUACUGAAGUACAGUGUGUAGCCGAUAUCUGUGCUACCUUGAAACCGAAAUACCACUUCUCGCCAUCAGAUGCAUUCUUCUAUGAGCGAGAGCCAUUCUUCCAUAUGCCCACGGAAGACAACCCAAAUGGCAAACCAUUGACCCGUUUCAUCUCAAUGGCCUCGUUCCCGUCCAAACAAAAGGCCAUGUACGCCUUUACAUUAGAUCCAAAGGCUGAGCCAUCCGUCACCUUGCCAGCUGGCGCAACCGCAUCUCCCUUGUCUGCUCCUCAAUCCAAACGCAAGGCACUUGCCCCUCAACGGGAAUCAUUCCACCGCUUCGCAAUGACAGACGAUGACAACCAAAAUCACUCGCACAAGCGUCAUCGCCGUGAUCGAGGCCCGCCUCCAGGCCCAGAACAAUGUUUCUUCUGUCUCUCUAACCCCAACAUUGCCACACACCUGAUUACAUCCAUCGGUGAUGAAAGUUAUCUCACAAUCGCCAAGGGACCCCUCCCAACAAAGGAGUUCUUCCCUUCCCUAGGGUUCCCAGGACAUAUGCUCAUUAUCCCAUUCUCCCACUCCCCAACACUAGCCUCCAUCCAAGAAGCAGAAAGCCGAGCAUCAACCUACAAAGAAAUGCAACGCUACCGGUCCUCUCUCCAUAAGAUGAUCAUGGACCGCUCAGAAGGAAAACUCGGCGCCGUAACAUGGGAAGUUAGUCGCUCAGGUGGUAUUCACACACACUGGCAAUUCCUCCCGGUCCCAAUCAACCUCAUCCGCGAUGGACUCGUCGACGCUGCAUUCAAGGUCGAGGCUGAGAAUCUCAAGUACCCACGUUUCACAACCCUCCCUGCAUCAGAAUCUAAGGGCGCAGAUGAGGCUGGUGACUUUUUCAGAUUGUGGAUCUGGAAUGCGGAUGAUUCUACAGAGGGAGCAGAGAAAAUGCUCAUGCUGGACUUGUCACAAGAUUUUCGCUUUGAUCUUCAAUUCGGUCGUCGUGUUAUGGCGAAGUUGCUUGAGUUGGAUUCGAGAAUGUAUUGGAAGGAUGCUCCUCAGACUGAGGUGGAGGAAGAGGCUGAUGCGGUGGCUUUCAAGGCGGCGUUUGAGAAGUAUGAUUUCUCCCUGGAAGCUGCUACAUAG